AUCGUCUUCCGCCUCCUCCCUCAACCCAGGGAAUGUCAGCUCGGGCUCUCACUGCCCAGCGAAAAAUGAUCUCCAAGCCGAUGGCUGAGGCUUGCGACAAGAACAAGGCGUUCCUUACGACCGCCAUUGACAAAAAAGAUUAUAGCAAAACCUUAUUGGUUGACGACGGUAGCACCGAAGGAGCCAGAUCCGUCGCCGUUUUCAGAUUGACACCUCGACGUGAACGUCACGAUGACCGUCCUCCCCGGAGGUCAUCCCGCAGUGGUUCUUCUCCGCGAAGAGAGAAGUCAAGGGCCCGGACUGACCGUUCUCCUCGAUCGUCCCCUCCUACUGAACCAAUGGGUCCUCCUCGUCCUGUUGAUAUGUCUUCUUCUUCUCAACGUAGUGGUGAGAAGACGAACCUGGGUGCAGCUUCUCAGAAGGAUAGUUCUGAGUCUCGAGAUGAUUCUCCGAAGACAAAGCCUGCUCUUGUUCCUCAGAUCAAAUCGCUCUCAGCCAUGGAGAAAGAGGGUAACGUUUUUUGGUGCUUCAAAACCCGGUCAGGUGCGAUCCUGCCGGAAUUCAACAAGUGGCGCUCUGCAAUUCGUGAACGAUACCUACUUCAUGCUCAUCAUUCAUCUCAAGCGAACGGCGAGCUCAAUGACAUAAUUGAACAUUACGAAGGGUUGGUCAUUGGUCGAGAGAAGGAGAUCGACACGUGGAAGGACAAGUUUUCUAAUCUCGAGGCAGACCUCCGUUCUUCUACCGACUCCAAGCAUGAUUUGGAGGACAAGGUUGAUGGUCUAUCAUCCGAGCUUGCGAAGAUAAAGGGGGAGCUACAGGACCAGUACGACCAAAAUUUCAAACUCCAGGAUGAGCUUUUUGGUGUUCAGGGUAGACUUCAUGAAUCCGAAUCAACCGCCGACACCCUGAAUAACCAGCUUAUUGAGCUUAACGCGAAGACUGCCCUUCCCAGGCUCAAGUGA